AUGGAGGAGAGAACGUUGCUCGCUUUGAUGGUCUUUUCCUCACUCGUAGUGUUAGCAGAAACUAUUGCUCAAAAGCAUGCUAUUGAAAUUUACAGCCUCCAUGUGGACUGCAAGGUCACAUCACGAUUUGCUCACACUGUCAUCACCAGCAAAAUUGUCAACCGAGCUAAUGCGUCCAGAGAGGCGACCUUUGAAGUGGAGUUACCCAAGACAGCCUUCAUCACCAACUUCUCCAUGUCCAUCGAUGGUAAAGUAUACCCAGGAAUAAUAAAGGAGAAAGCUUCUGCUCAAAAGGAAUAUGACACUGCGGUCUCACAUGGGCAGAGCGCCGGCCUUAUCAAAAUCACAGGCAGAAAACUGGAGCAAUUUCACGUGUCUGUCAGCAUUGCAGCCGCCAGCAAAGUCACUUUUGAGCUGACCUACGAGGAGCUGUUGAAGCGGCAGCUGGGGAAGUUUGAGCUGUUGAUCAAGGUCCGACCGAAGCAGCUUGUUAAGCACUUCCAGAUUGAUGUGCACAUCUUCGAGCCCCAAGGCAUACGCUUCUUGGAGACAGACAGCACGUUCAUGACAAAUGAGUUAACUGAGGCGCUCACAAAAGUGCAGAACGAAACCAAGGCUCAUAUUUUAUUUAAGCCAACUGUAGAUCAACAGAAGAUAAAUCCUGAACUCGAUGAAACCCUCCUCAAUGGUGAUUUUGUUGUGCGUUAUGAUGUUAAGAGAGGUGCCACUGCAGGUGAUAUACAGAUUGUCAAUGGGUACUUUGUGCAUUACUUUGCACCCCGUGAAAUGCCAGUGUUUCCCAAAAAUGUCAUCUUCGUUAUAGAUCGAAGUGGCUCCAUGGCAGGCAGAAAAAUUGAACAGACGAGGGAUGCCCUGCUGAAGAUUUUGCAAGACCUCCGCCCAGAAGAUCAUUUCAGCUUUAUCACCUUUAACAGCAAAGUGGUGGAGUGGAAGAGCUCUUUGCUGCAAGCCACUGCAGAGAAUGUGGCGAGUGCUGCAGGAUUUGUGCAAGCUCUUUCUGCUAGUGGAGGCACAGAUAUCAAUCGUGCCCUGCUGACUGCCGUGAACGUGCUGGAUACAGCCGAGAGGCUACCAGAACGGAGCGUCUCCAUGAUUAUUUUGCUGACAGAUGGCCAGCCCACUUCUGGUGAGAGUAAUGUGGAAGUAAUUCAAGAAAACAUUCAGAAAGCAGUCAAUGGGAAAUACGCUCUUUUCUGCCUUGGCUUUGGGUUUGAUGUCAGUUAUAAGUUCCUGGAGAAAAUGGCCCUAAGCAAUGGGGGAAUAGCACGUCGUAUAUAUGAAAACGCUGAUGCAGCCUUGCAGCUCCAGGGCUUUUAUCAAGAGGUGGCUACCCCAAUAUUAAUGAAAAUUGAAAUGCAGUAUCCAGAAAAUGCCGUUGAGGGAUUAACCAAGAACAAUUUCAAGCUGUUUUUUGAAGGAUCUGAAAUUAUAGUAUCUGGGAAAAUUAGCAAUGAGCUUGAUCUUCUGCCAGUAGAAAUUAAAGCUCAGUCACAUGCUAGUGACUUGACUCUUAAAGAAGAAGCAAAUGUCAAAGAGAAGGAGCAAGUAUUUCAAAAUCAAAGUUACAUCUUUGGAAAUUUCAUAGAGAGACUGUGGGCUUACUUAACCAUUCAACAGCUUCUGGAAAAAUCUAUUUCAGCACAAGAAGAGGACCAGAAAACCCUGGAGGCGCAAGCCUUAGAGCUGUCUCUGCGGUACAGCUUCGUUACGCCCCUCACUUCCAUGGUGGUCACCAAACCCGCUGCCCAGCAGCAGACAGAGCUGGCGAACAAACCCACCGAAGCUGAUAAUGAGAAGCGCAGCAGUUUUCCAGUAGGAGAUGCUUAUAGACUGAGGAGUGGAUCACCUCCUGGUCGAAGGCGCUCUGAGCCCCAGUCUGGCAGCAACAAGAAGCUGUUGUCAGUAGUUGCCAGGCUAAGAGACAAAAUGAGAGCACAACCUCUUGCCGACGAAUAUCCACAGCUUCUCUUGCAAUUACCCAAACAAAAUGAAAUAAUCUGCUUAAAUACUGAUGGAAAAGCGCAGCCCUCUGUCCACCUGCUGUCAGAUCCGGAGCAAGGACUCACUGUGACGGGGAAACUUGGGGACAGAAUAAAUCACUUUGUGCAGUUUGAAAUUACCUAUGUGAAUCCCCCUGCGCGAAUCCACGUCUCCACGGAUGAGAUUGUCCUAAGCCACAAUAACGGGAGCACUCGGCUGCCAUGGACAGAGUCAGCCACCUCCACCGUCCAGGGGCUGAAAGUCUCAGUUGAAAAGGAAAGGAGCGUUACAGCAUCAUUGUCUGAUACGGUCACAGUUAAAAUUUCCUUUGUAAAGUUUCCAGAUUAUUUCCUUGGGCUGUAUUUCCUGAACACCGACCGUUUUUCCGACAAAGUCAGUGGAGUUCUGGGUCAAUUUUAUUCAAAAGCACAAUUUGAGAAUAAUUCCAACAUCAAUCAGAGAGCUGACGAAAGACUCCUAAGUGUGUCUGGCGCUGAGCACAAAGUUACCAGGCAAUACAAGAAAGAUUACAGGCUUGAGUCCAGCAAUGAUCCUGUUUCCUGCUGGUCAAUAGAUGUAACUCCCUAG